AUGGCCUCGUCACUCGUCCUCUGUCUCGUGUCACUGCUGAUGGCGACGAUCUCGACGACGACGUGCACGCCGCAGGAAUUGAAUCGAGAUGCAAACUCAGACCCGACCGAUCGGCCCUCUGGAAGCCACAGGCGACCGGAGACGCCCGAGAUGUCCGGCGGUCCGUGGCGCAGCAUCAAGGCCGAGCUGGUGCACAAGGACCACCCGCUGCGGGCAGCGCCGGGCAGCCUGUCGUUCAAGGAGAAGGCGGAGCGCGACUUCCAGUCGAGCAGGAGGCGGUCGGAGGUGCUGCGGUCGCGGCACGAGCGUUUGCUGGCGGGCGGCGGCGGGCUGCCGACGUACUUGAGCAACCUGACGAUGACCGUGAUCGAGGACGUGUACGUCAUGACGAUCUCGCUGGGUACGCCGGCGCAGAACUUCGUCGCGGUCGCGGACACGGGAAGCGACCUGACGUGGCUGCAGUGCCAACCGUGCGAGCACUGCUUACCGCAGGCGGACCCGCUGUACGACCCGUCGCGGUCCUCGUCGCACGCCAACCUGACCUGCGCCGACAGCGCGUGCCAGUUGUUCACGUCGCAACUCCCGGACUUCACGCACCCCAACUGCCCGAUGCAGUCGGGCUCAACCUCGAACGCGAGCUGCAACUUCUUCUACUCCUACGCCGACGGCUCCAACAUGACGGGCGACCUCGCCGUUGAAACGAUCCACCUGACGUCCACCGAUGGCGCCGUCGUGGACGUGCCGAACUUUCUCUUCGGGUGCUCGCAGAGCUUCUUCAGCGACUCCGGCCUGUCCUCGAAUAAAGCAGACGGGUUCGUCGGGCUCGGCCAGGGCGACUUCUCCUUCCCAUCGCAGCUCGGUGACAGCUUCGGCAACAUCUUCUCCUACUGCCUGGUCCUCGCCACGGCCGUCGCGACGCAGACGAGCCCGAUCCUCUUCGGGAGCGCCGCGCUGUCCAACGCGACGGGCAUCCAGUACACCCCGAUCCUCCACAACGACACAACGUUCUACAACGUCGGGCUCCAGGCCAUCAGCGUCGCGGGCCAGCCGCUGGAAAUCCCCAGCUCCGUGUUCGCCGAUAACGGCGGGACGAUCUUCGACUCCGGCUUUACGAUCACGAACUUGGAGCCCCAGGCGCUGGACGCGCUGGUCACCGCGCUGGCCGCCGCGAUACCCUUCCCGCAGAUCCCCGGUGGGAUAAGCGGAUUUCACUGCUGGAACGCGUCGGGCCUGACAGCCGCCGAUAUCGCCGCGCGCGUCCCGACCGUCUCGUUCAACUUCACCGGCGCCAACUACGAGCUGUCCUACCUCAACACGUUCGUGAGCGCCGGCGACGCGAAUUUCUGUCUGUACAUGAUCCCCGGUUCGCCGUCCAUCAUCGGCAACUACCAGCAGCGCAACGUCUACGUGGUCUACGACCGCGCCAACAGCCAGAUCGGGUUCGUUCCGCGCAACUGCAGCGACGUAGUUUCCUUCUAG